GAAGUGAAAUUAAACAAUGGGAAAUUUAAAGUUGUUCUUUGGUGUUUUGGCUGCUGUCGUUAUGACGAUCCAAGGUCAAUUCACAAUUGGUUUGGGUCGUUUUGAUAUCACCGGACCAAGUGUUGAAGUUCCAUUUAUGGGAUAUGCAUCGAUGGAUCAAAGAGGCCACGGUAUUCAUACACGUCAAUUUGCUCGUACGUUCAUCGUUCAAGACGCAGCAGGAAGACGAGUCGUUUAUGUCGCUACUGAUCUUGCAAUGAUUUCUCAUGCAAUGAGAAGAGAUGUACUCGCACAACUUCAAGCGAGAUUCGGAAACAUGUACCGAUAUGAUAAUGUGAUGUUAUCAGCUCAACAUACACACGGUGGUCCCGGUGGCUAUCAUCAAUACAUCAUGUACGAUGUUACAUGUCUUGGCUUCAUUCGCGAGACUUACAAUCCAAUUGUCAAUGGAAUUGUUCAAUCAAUUACCAUCGCUCAUAAUUCAAUGUUCUCGGGACGAGUCUUCUUAACUGAGACCACAGUUAAUGAUUUCGGAGUCAAUCGUUCACCAAAAGCUUAUUUAUUGAAUCCACAAGUUGAACGAAAUCGAUUCUCUGGUGAUAUUGAUAGAACAAUGACACAAUUGAGAUUCGUUGAUAAUCAAGGGCAAGUGAGAGGAGCUUUCAGUUGGCUGGCAGUUCACCCUGUUUCGAUGAACAACACAAACUUGUUUGUAUCGUCUGAUAAUCUUGGAUUGGCUUCAAUUCUUUUGGAACAAGAAAGAAAUGCUAAUCAGUUGAUUGGAAGAGGAAGUUUUAUUGGUGCUUUCAGUACAGCUAACUCAGGUGAUAUUAGUCCGAAUAUUAAUGGUCCAAGAUGUAUUGGCACUGGAUUGUAUUGCGAUCCAAUUGAGUCAUCAUGUCCUAACCAAGGUGAUGUUUGCAUUGCUUUUGGACCGGGAACGACACAUAUUGACAGCACGAGAAUCAUUGGAACUCGAAUUUACAAUGCAGCAUCACUUCUUGUUAGAAAUGGCGGUGGACGUGAACUUACUGGCACUGUUGGAUUCCAAAAUCAGUUCGUUGAAAUGUCAACACAGACAGGUCAAUGGUUGAAUGAAGCUACGGGUCGUGUUGAAAGCUUCAGAGGGUGCUUAUCAGCGUUUGGAAUGUCAUUUGCUGCUGGCACAACUGACGGCCCUGGUGGAUUUGAUUUUACUCAAGGAAGUACUUCUGGCAAUCCAUUCUGGGAUGCUGUCCGUGAUUUCGUUGCUGAACCAACUCCCGAUGACAUUGCUUGUCAUGCACCAAAACCAAUUCUUUUGAACACUGGACGAACAUCGCGACCAUUCUUAUGGAUUCCACCAAUUGUUCCAACACAAAUCAUCACUAUUGGUGAUGCAGUGAUUGCUGGUCUUCCUGGUGAAAUCACAACAAUGGGUGGACGUCGUUUACGAACACAACUUCAAGCUGUUGGACAAGCUGUUGGACGUAAUCCACAUGUCAUUGUGACGGGAAUGGUGAACAUGUACUCGAGUUAUAUUGUGACUUUUGAGGAAUAUCAAAUGCAACGAUAUGAAGCAGCUUCAACAGCUUUCGGACCUCACACAUUAACUAUUUACAUUCAACAAUACUCGAGACUUUAUCAAGCAAUUUUAAAUAACCAAGUAUUGACACCUGGGCCACUACCACUCGAUCAAACAGCUGAUCAAUUAACGUUCUUGUUGCCAGUUAUAAAUGAUGAUUCCGGUAGUGCUAAUUUCGGUGCUGUUGUUGUUCAACCACGCGCUAGUUACACGAGAGGUCAAGAAGUAUUCGCGAGAUUUGUAUCAGGAAAUCCAAGAAAUGCUUUGAUGACGGAAAGCAGUUACUUCUUUGUUGAACGGUUGGAACUUAAUGGAAGUUGGUUGCCUAUCGCAUCAGAUGCCAACUGGGAAACAAGAUUCAUUUGGAGACGUACAAGUACAAUUCGAGGAACAAGUGAAAUUGAUUUCUUCUGGGACAUUCCCAAUAACGUCGCCAAUGGCCAAUAUCGGAUCAGACAUGAAGGCGCUUCUCGCGGUCCCGUUACAGGUGUUCGAUCUUACACUGGCAUCACUAUGAUGUUUGCAAUUGGUUAAGCAAAUCUUGUUUUUCUCUUCUUUCUUAUACACAAUAAAGACGAUAAAGUUCAAACUUUCACACAAGCACAA